UUCUCUACUCCAGUAGCUAGCUAGAUCCCCUGCCUUCCUCGGUUGCACUUGGCGUCUCGGCUGCCCUUCUGAGCGUCUAUAUAUUACUCAUCAUCCAAGAGCAAUUCAUCAUUCAGUUCAGGCUGACAAGCAGUUCACCAGUUUGCUAUAAUGGAGGUCGUCACCGCUAGGACCGCCAUUGCCCUGCUUCUCGCGCUCCUGGUCGCCACGAGCUUCCUUUGCGACGGCGUCCAUGGCCGCCACCACCACCACCACACGAAGCGGACCAACCACAGCUCCGCGCGCCCGCCGUCCCGGGCACCGGGGCCGAGGCGGGCACCUUCACCAAGGCAUGCGUCUCCGCCUGCCCCGCCGGCAAGUCCAAUGCCUGUCGCUCCCGCGCCCGCACCGGCGGACGACGACAGCGACGUGUACGACCUCAUGAAGGAUUUCGGCGCGGCCGGGGACGGCGUGACCGACGACACCGACGCGUUAAAGACAGCGUGGGACACCGCGUGCCAGGCCGACGGGGAGGGCGUCGUCGUCGCGGCCGCCGGGCACUCGUUCCUGGUGCACACCACCACCUUCACCGGGCCGUGCCAGGGCAGCGUCACGCUGCAGAUCGAUGGCACGAUCGUCGCGCCGAGCGACCCCACGACGUGGCCGGCCAACAGCAAGCGCAACUGGCUAGUCUUCUACAAGGCCGACGGCGUGUCGCUGACCGGCGCCGGCCUCAUCGACGGCAAGGGGCAGAAGUGGUGGGAUCUCCCCUGCAAGCCUCACAAGGGAGGAAGCACGCACGGACCAUGUGACAGCCCAGUGGCGCUGAGGUUCUUCGAGAGCAACAACGUGACGGUGCAAGGGCUCAAGGUGCAGGACAGCCCGGAGUUCCACUUCCGGUUCGACAGCUGCCGCGGCGUGCACGUCAACGGCCUCUCCAUCAGCUCCCCCGCGCUGAGCCCCAACACCGACGGCAUCCAUGUCGAGAACACCCAGGACGUCCUCAUCACCAACACCGUCGUCUCCAACGGCGACGACUGCGUCUCCAUCGGCGCCGGCACCCUCAACGUCCACAUCGAGAACGUCACCUGCGGCCCCGGCCACGGCAUCAGCAUCGGGAGCCUGGGGAAGCAAGGCUCGCGGGCGUGCGUGGCCAACAUCACGGUGCGGAACGCGGUGAUCCGGCACUCGGACAACGGCGUGCGGAUUAAGACGUGGCAGGGCGGCUCCGGGUCGGUGUCGGCGGUGACCUUCGAGAACGUGCGCAUGGACGCCGUGCGCAACCCCAUCAUUAUCGACCAGUACUACUGCCUCACCAAGAGCUGCGAGAACGCCACCACGGCGGUCUUCGUCUCCGACAUCACCUACGCCGGCAUCCGGGGCACCUACGACGUGCGCGGCCCGCCCAUACACUUCGGCUGCAGCGACGCCGUGCCAUGCACCAACAUCACCCUCUCCGGCGUCGAGCUGCUGCCGGCCUCCGGCGACACCGUCGACAACCCAUUCUGCUGGAACGUCUACGGCAACACAACCACGCCCACCGUGCCGCCGGUCGCGUGCCUCAUGGAGGGCGUGCCUAGGAACGUGGAGGACAGCAGCAGUUUGAAGUGUUACUGAUGAUGAUCCACAUCCUGACACCAUAUACCUACGUCCCUGCUUAGAGAUACAGUAAGAAUCAAAAUACAAGAGAAAGUAUAGCAUUAGAUUAGUGCAGAAAAAGUAGCUUAAGCAAAGCAUAAAUUACUAUGUAUAUAUAGAAGGAUGGAAAUUUGCAACUGUACGAGAUGAUUUGUGUGAGAAUCACCAGAAAUACUAGUACAUGUUUGAGUA